GAUCGCCCGCAACACAUAGCGUCACUGACGCCUUUAGGCGCUGUUGAUUCCUAUAAAGACCAGGCGACAUCCGCUCUUCAAGAUCUACUCUCUCAUAUCCAUACUUGUCUGCACUCCUUCACAAGAGCCGCAGCACAUCCCCUCUUUGAAUAUUUGAUUUUCUUCUCAUUUUAUCAGCCUAUUCCCAACAUGAAGUUCACUGGUAUGGCCAUGGCUGGCUUCUUGGGCGGUGCCCUCGCCAUGCCCGCUCCUCAGUUCGAGGGUCCUCCUCCCGCCGGCCCUACUCCCUCUGGCCCUCCUCCUUCCGGCCUGCCCAGUGGUUUCCCUACUCCUUCCGGCCCUCCUCCUAGCGGUUUCCCCGCCCCGCCAAGCGGCUUCCCCGUCCCCUUCGAAGGUCAGAAGCGCCAGGAAGGUCCUCCCGCUGGACCUCCUCCCAGUGGUUUCCCCACUCCCUCUGGACCUCCUCCCAGUGGCUUCCCCACCCCUUCCGGUCCUCCUAGCGGUUUCCCCGCCCCGCCAAGCGGCUUCCCCGUUCCCUUCGAAGGCCAGAAGCGCCAGGAGGGACCUCCCGCCGGACCUCCUCCUUUCGGCUUCCCUACUCCUUCGGGACCUCCUCCCAGUGGUUUCCCCACUCCCUCUGGACCUCCUAGUGGCUUCCCUACUCCUUCCGGUCCCCCUCCCAGCGGUUUCCCCGCGCCAUUCCAGGGCCAGAAGCGCCAGGAGGGACCUCCCGCUGGACCUCCUCCUUUCGGCUUCCCUACUCCCUCGGGACCUCCCAGCGGCUUGCCCACUCCUUCGGGCCCUCCUCCCUCUGGAUUCCCCACUCCUUCGGGCCCUCCUCCCUCUGGAUUCCCCGCUCCUCAGGGACCUCCUCAGAAGCGCCAGGAUGAGCCUCCUUUCGGCUUCCCUACUCCCUCGGGCCCUCCUCCCAGUGGUUUCCCCACUCCUUCCGGCCCUCCCCCAUCCGGCUUCCCUGUCUUCGGUGGCCAGGGUGGUGAGAAGCGCCAGCAAGGCCCUCCUUUCGCCUUCGCUUCUCCCUCGGGCCCUCCCCCGACUCCUCUCCCCAGCGGCUUCGGCAUCCCCGGAGCUGACGGUUUCCCUACUCCGUUUGUGAGCGUUCCCGCUCCCUCCGGAACCCCCCAGUAAAUGGGAGGUAUCAUUCGGUGAUAGACACUGGCGUUGUCGCACCAAAUGAAGGGUAACCGUCUGGUGAGGACGUUGACCCGGUCUUGUAUAUACGGAUACUUGCGCCUUGAGGGUUUCAAGUUCACGGGAAUGGCUUAAUGUGUACGGAUUAGAAUUAUUUUUCUUUGUAUGUUGCUAGAUUUGAUAUCAAUCGUUUUGUUUCCCGCUUAUAGACUUGGCAAUAUACAUCCCGUA